GCCAGAGAACCAGUUGGGACGAGAAAACCUGUUGUGAGACGCUGAAUGACCCGGGCACAAGUUCCAUCCCGGACUCCUCAGAGAUUCGUUCCAGCUCUUCUCUCUCCUCUCGUAAGAUGGGUGGAGGUGUGUUGGUGAACUUGGCGGCGCUGUGUGUGCUGGUGGCCGGUCAGGGCGACCGACAGCCUCAGGCCAUCUCCACGGUUACCGGAUACGACACCUUCAAACCUCAAUGCUCGGGCGGGUUUAGUGUACGUAAAGCUGUCCCGGCCACUUACAAGGCCCCAACCAUCCUCAACUUUCAGGAGGUGUUGACCAACCUGGGAGGAUGGUCACGCAGCGAGAACGACUUCAAGGCUCCCUGCACCGGCGCUUACUUCUUCACCUUCCACGCUGUGUCCAAUAACAGUGGCGAUUUUACGUUGGCUCUGAUGAAGGAAGGCAAGUAUCAGGUGACGGCCUACGGCAGCAAGGGCGACUACCAACAAGGCUCCAACUCAGCCCUCCUCUUCCUCAACGCCGGAGAGAAGGUCUACCUGGAGCUACAGCAGGGCAGCUUGUACGAGCACCCGUAUGACGAGGCCUACACCUCCUUCAGCGCUUUCCUUGUCGAGCAAUUUUAACAAGGAUAGGGUAUUAUGGGAGUACAGGGGGAUGCACUCAGAUAACUUACUGACAGUGUUGUGUAGUGAAUGGCAGGACUAUGUAUAUCUUUCUAGUGGAAGAAUAGAUAUGUCAGCAUUAUAUUUAUGGUAUUUAUACAACUGGUUAAGUUAUUGGUAUGAUUGUUGCUGCAAAUGAACAAUAAACAUCAUUUUCUAAAAUAAA